GAAGUUUUCUAUUUUGAGAAUGGGAAGUUUGCUGUCUCGACAUACUGGUUUUACUUGUGAUUGGAUGUUCUUUGAUGCAAAAGCUUGCAUUUAGUUACUAAAUAAUUACUAUUUUAGUUGAGUAUUAUUUCUGUCAUUUCAAGAAAUUUCUGUUCUUUUUUGGUUUUUACCACAAUUAAUUUUCUUAGUAAAUACAUAGACAUACGAUCGUUUUGAAAAAAAUGGGAGGGAGGGGUACGACUCAUCGAACUUCACAAUAUAUAAAUUCAUUGUUUCUGUCAUUUCAUUCGGCAAGGCUUAUUUAGCUUCUCCCUGCGCUUGGAGCAGGGGUUGCUCCUCUGAAAAAUACAAUAGCUAAUUUAUACAUCAGGGGCCUUUCUUUGUCUCUUUUUUCGAUGGAAGGAAUAUCAGAGACAUCGAUCUCCAGGGACAAAAACAUUGCUCCCGAUGAUCAAAAUGGCUUGCCCAUGCUGAAGAAAAGAAAACGCUCCGCCGUAAUGCACCUGCUCAAGGUGGCGCUUUGCAUGUUGCGUCUGAAAUCGAGCAAAUCAAAAUCAAAAUCCAUUCAGGUUAAUCUGGCUUCAAAGUUCUCCUGGGAGGAUCUUAUAGGGUCAAUGCGCCCAAUGCAUUUACAAAGCGACCAAUCCCCACCCCCGGACAUCGAGGGCAAAGCUUCAAUCAUGCCUGAGCCUGAGUCUUUACCCGUUGGAGAACAAACGGAGGAAGCUAUUACGCCACCAUUGUCUCCAGUGGCGUACGUCUCGUCACAAUCCUCAGCCUUUUCCAUUUCCUCUUACGGUUCCGUGAGUGACAUGAGCCAAUACGAGUCACCUUUUAAUCUUCAAGAGAUUCAUGUUAUGAAACCUUGCAAAGAGACCACCGAAGAGGAAUGCGGGUACGAUGAUGAUGGUGGCGACGAGAUGAUUGAUGCCAAGGCUGAAGAAUUCAUAGCUCAUUUCUACGAACAAAUGAGGCUUCAAAACUUGAAUUGAUGAAUCAUUAACAAUAGCGGAAAUCAGUGAUCAAUAACCUACGGACGGCAUUGAUUUGCAUGCAUGCACGUUGUAUCUUUAGGGAUGUGUUUGUUUUCUUUCUUUUAGUUUUCUUUUUAGAUUUAUCUUUGUGGUUCCAAAGGAAAAGCAGGAUCGGGGCUAGGGGAAACAUACAGGUGCGAGGUGAAUAGUAGGUGUAGUAAAUAAAAA